GGCGAUUGGCCAGGGCAGGUGAUGGUGUUGUAGUGCGUGUGGUAGUGCUUAAAGAGCUAGCGGCGAGUCAGCCGGCACACAGCCAAAGGCAAUAGGCCACGUGUCAAUGGGUCGGAGCAAGCGAGGAUGAAGCGAUGGAACAAAUGACUAAAAUGGAUGGGAUGACGAGAUGAACGAUACUACUGCAUGGCAGAUGGCUCAUGGAGCGGAAGAGUCCGCGGUACCAAAAGACGGGAUGGCGGGUCUACUUCCUUUCACGUCUAUUUGCUUUGUGACACGGUGACGCUUCAAAAUGAGGACAAUGACGUCUUGAGAACAGCACGUGCUACAGGAUGCCCUGUCUCGUGCACACGAGCAGUUAUAGAGCAUUGUUCUUCUUGUUCACCAGCUCCCAGUGGAACCAUCGCGCCGCUUGAACCAUUGCGAUCUGUGGGACCAUAUUGCUUCUGUGUCCGACGAGGUAAAUCCGCGACCAUGUCGUCCACAGAACAACAGCAGCAACAAAAGACAGCUUCUGACAAGCGGAAGACCUCGGCGAAGAUGCUCGUAGCGCUGUUCCCCAGAAUUCCCAAAACUGCGGGAGUGUUGUUGGAGUUCUUCAUAAAGCGCGAAAGCAAAGUGUCCCUUCAGCGUGACCCUCUGUCUCACUUUUGCCAAGAGGAAGUUGUUCUUCACGCUCAGGAAUGCCUCAUCAAGCUCAACAAGCAGGUAAUCAACUACGAGGACGUGCGCGACAUGGUCGAGAACCUCGUCGGCCUUCACGCGAUGUGUACGAAAAAGGAUCCCGAUGUUGCUAAGGCACUGGCGUUGACCAUCCGCAAGCUUACCAUUAUUGUGGGCGAAGUAGCAACCUCCUUGGAGAAGAUAGCUGAAGUGUCUGUCACCGACUGGAUGGGGAUAGGGGACGCCAUCGUUCACAAACUCGAUCGGUUGGACGUUCCACCGAAACCCGCUUUCUCCACGUUUAUCCCAAAAAUGCGUGACUUCGAGAGCCUCAAAAUGCUGGGCGCAGGUGGCUUUGGAGCUGUAUAUCUCGCCAACUACAAACCAGCGAACUUCACAGCCACGGUUAAACUGGUGGCCAUGGACCGUUUCAGCAGAAACAAGCAGGCGGCCAUGGACAAAGUGGUCGCCUCUGUCGUGCGAAACCCAUUCUUGGUCAAGUAUUAUUGCUGUUUUUGUGUGAAGGAAGCGUAUGUCACUUUAAUGGAGUAUGUCCCUGGGCUGGACCUCAUGCGGGUUGUGACGAAAGAGGAAUAUAUGAAGAUUGACGCCGUACAGAUCAUCAUGGCGCAACUUAUCCUUGCCAUUGAACACAUGCACCUGCGUGGCUUUCUACACAGGGACAUCAAGGUCUCCAACAUGCUCAUACUCCCUGGAGGACGUGUCAAAGUGAUCGAUUUUGACACAACGAAAGUCUGCAGCGGUCACUUCGCAAAGCGAAUGCUCCGCGGCUACUUCCGAAGGACGCCAUUGGAAUUCAACGACGGUGAGUCGGCUGGAACCAUACCGUACAUGGCCCCGGAGAUACUGAAGAGGCGGCCCUAUGGACGAGCAGCGGACUGGUGGUCAUCAGGUAUCGUAAUGUACAAGUUGAUGACUGGCCGCGUCCCAUUUCGAGGGAAGACCAAGCAGUUGCUACGAGAGCGGAUCAUCACUGCUCCACUCAAGUGGCCCCGCGUUGAAGAGCACCCGCACUCGGCCACGACGACCGCCAAGGACAUGACCUACCGCAUGUUGAAGAAGAACCCGGUCGAGCGGCUGGGAUCUAAGACUUACGCCAGUCUCAAGACUCACCCGUUCUUUGAUAACUUCAACUGGAAGCAGCUGUACGAGAAGACUCAACUAUGCGACAUCCCGGUCAUUAAGGAGAUCCUGUCGUCCGAUGCGGAACGCGACCGAAAGAGUGGUGCAGACUCUCAGGACUCGCGGAAGCAUUUGCAGAUGGAGGACAUGACGGAUAUCAGUUCCAGCAAUCAGAAGCCCCUUCUCUGCUACGCAGCACCCUCCUUUAAGAAGCUAGUACUAACGGCAAGUGUUCGUCGUAACGUUGACGUCUGUCUAGUACAGAGACUGAUGUGCUUACAGCCGGUUCGUUAUGCACGGAGAACGUGAGGUCCCUGUCUUGAAGCCAUGCGCGUCAGCAUAAGGCAUAUGUGCUCGUGGACGCGCAACAUAAAGAACAGACCCCUCCCUGUUAGACUGGAACUACUAUAACAAACAAUAAGGCGCAAGAAAGCUACGUUCAAAUAUAGCUUUUCAUAUUGUAGCCAUAGUGAAACCGAAACAGCCCGGGCACAGUUACUACAGUUAUUAUUCCUUA